UGCUCCUUGGGUCACCCAUAAGCUGGUUUGUGUUUCCCAAAGCAUAUUUUUCACCCAGUGGGUGACAACACUGAAGGAAUUGAAAAUCUUCAUAGUUUGCUCAUCUUGUAGGCUUCAGGUUAACCCCCUCUGUAGUGUAUACCAGCCUUUAUUUAGCCUUUGGAAGGCCUCCAGAGAAACAGCUCCUUUGCCGAAUCCUGCCUGCCCACUGUUCUUCCACCCUUGAGCGGAGACGCUUCAAGAUCGCUUUUGUGUAAUGCGGGGGUGCGUCCCUCAAGGCGUGUGUGAAUUAGCAUGUACUUCCCUCUAGGCAGAAAAAGAAGCCCGGCUGAGGCCUGAAGCAGGUCUGCUGGAGCCUGGGCUGGAGGUGUGGUCAUGGGUGAGCUGGGGGUGGGGCUGCCUGCGCGUGGGCAGGAGCCCUGUGUUCCAACCGCUUUCAGUUGCCCUCGCGUCGCCACCGUUGGUAGUAGCCCUUGGAGAGCUGUUACCUGCGCUCUACCAACAUGUCUGAAGAAAAAUGUUCCCUUACUGGAGGCGAAGAGAAAGGAGAGGAGCUGGCCAGAAGCCUGGCGUGGCAGCACCUGGUGAAGCAGGCGAUAGAAGACGAUGAUGAUGACGAAGAGGCACUGAAGAAGGAAGAGGAGGAGGAGGAAGAGGAGGAGGAGGAGGAAGACGAAGAGGAAGAAGAGGAAGGCCCGGAUAGUAGCUCGGAUGACCUGAGCCCCGAGGCCCCCUGCAUGCACCCAGACCUCCUGGAGCUGGCCGUGGACCGAGAGAAGUGCCGCAGCAUCCGCAGGCAGUACCGGCAGCUCAUCUACACCGUGCAGCAGAACCGCGAGGACAUCGUGAACACGGCCAGCGACUCGCUGACGGAGGCCCUGGAGGAAGCCAAUGUGCUGUUUGACGGGGUGAGCAGAACCAGAGAGGCAGCCCUCGACGCCCAGUUCCUGGUUUUGGCUUCUGAUCUGGGUAAAGAAAAAGCAAAGCAGUUAAACUCGGAUAUGAGCUUUUUUAAUCACGUGGCCUUCUGUGAGUUGCUGUUGGUGUUUGUGGGUCUCAACUGGAUGGAAGAGGAGUGUGAGGAAUUGAGCGAAUGCGAUGAAAGCAUAGCGCUUUCCUUCUGGAACAUGCUGCACAAGGAAGCGACGGCCUGGAUGCUGCAAGCCGAAACGUUCCAUUUCAUUUUUGGUUCAUUUAAGGCAGAACGUUCUGCACGAAAGCCCCGGCAGGAACAUCACAAACGAGCUUGCAAAAUGGAAGGAAAUGGGGAUAUGCCUACAAAGUUGAGGAAGCUGGAUGUGCAUGCUAAUCAGGAGACGACAGAAAAAGAAGUGGAGAGAAUCUUGGGAUUGCUGCAAACCUACUUUCAAAAGUACCCCGAUACUCCAGUGUCGUAUUUUGAAUUUGUGAUCGAUCCAAACUCAUUCUCUCGCACCGUGGAGAAUAUCUUCUACGUUUCUUUUAUUAUUAGGGAUGGCUUUGCAAGAAUAAGGCUUGACCAAGACAGACUGCCAAUUCUCGAGCCAACUAAUGUUAACCAGGUGGAUGAAGAAAAUGACUCGUGUUCUUACUGCAGGAAACAAGGAGUUAUAUCUUUGAGUUUACAGGACUGGAAGAAUAUUGUUUCCACUUUUGAAAUUUCAGAGGCUAUGAUCAAAAAUUCAUACUAAAGAGUUUUAGUCAUAGUGUAUGACUCCAUCUUGAUCUAAAUCUCGAGAUGGGAUCUAAAAAAGCACACAUUCUAGUAAACUAUUUUCAGGAACAAAUGAAAUUGUUUACUGUGCACUGUGUUUUCCUUGCUGACUUGAGGUUGUAAUCUUAAAAAUUCACUGUCUUGCGUAUGAGAAGCUUUUUGAAAUCCACAUGACACUUUCAGUAAGCUCCUGAGUUCUUAGAAGGUAUUAGUUAAAAAAAAA